CGUCUGCGGAAACGGUCGAAUGAAGAGGUUAUUGACGGAUUAUCAAAUCAAAAGUAUUGGUCUUAAAAAUACUGAAAACAAAUCAAAUUUUUAUUACAUUUAAACAAUAAACUUUCAGUUUGAUGCCUAGUCAAGAAUUAAUUACGGCAAAUAAAAAUUGUCUGAGAAGUGUGAGAAAAUAUCUCGCCAUGAUAAGCUGCGAAAAAAUGUUUCUCGACAUUUUUUUUUUGAGAAAUAAGUAAAAAAAUGAAAACUAGAUUAAGAAUAAAGGAACGGUUAAUAAAUAUAUAACGAGGCUGUACACCUGGUGACAACGCAAAAAUUUACGGAGUCAAAAUUUUAAUUGAACUGAGUGUCCGAUAAAUAUUUGCACGCGCGUAUUAAAUUCGCUAACAUCCGAAUCCGAAUUAAGUGUGCGCGAGGGUGAGUGUCGGUAGCGUAAAAACGAAUCGCGUUUUUUUCUUGGAUGAUAAAUUCAGGAGAGAUUCAGAGUUCGCGGAAACACACCGCACAACGCGUAGCGGAUGAACGAAUGUCACGAAGAAUGUGAAAUGUGCGUGAGAGAAACGACGUUGCACCGCCGAUGAUACUCGACACGGAGAAGGAAGCCAAUUUGGAUCGAGGCCAAGCCUGAGGGAAUCUCGCCUGCGAAGAUGGAAGAAGAAGAGAGUCUUGGCGAUGGUGCGGGCGACGAUGCUGGCGUUAAGGAACUUCAAGAGCUUCGCGACAAGUACGAGGGAAAACUGACGGCAUCUCUCUAUACAGGAGCGCUCUGCAUUGCUGCCGUCGCUUCGCUGAUCGCUCUAGGUGCUCUGUGUAUCACCGCCUAUCAUGAAUUGUUCCACGUGACCGAUCUUGUAUCAGUGUCAACAUUGACGAUCAUGCUCAUCGCCUCUUUGACACUUUUGGUGAUCACACAAUUGCCCUCGACUAUGACUUCAAAACGAUCCAGGAUAUUGAUAGGUUUAAUGUCCUCCGUGAUAUUCGGUCUAGGAAUUCUAAUAUUAAGAAGCGUCCUGCCCUUGUUCGCCUGCAUCCUGUCGAUAAUCGCAAUUCUGCCUAAGAUGAGAUGGCAAAUACCUCUCAUCACCGGAUGCACUCUGGUAGUCGCACACGUUGCAAGAAGACUUAUCUUCGACGAUUAUUAUCUUUCGGAUUAUUACAACAUAAUUCAGGAAAAAAAAGUUUUUUUUUCACAGAUUAUCGUGGAAAUCGUGUUCUUCCUGGCUGCCAUUCUCGCAGGCAUGUACUACAGAAUCCUGACCGCUACAGCACAUCGAAAAACGUUCUCCGGUACGAAGACGGUGAUUGAAUCGCGAAUCAAGCUGGAAUGCGAGAGGGAACAACAGGAGCAAUUAUUGUUAAGCGUUAUUCCCGCCUAUAUUGCUGCAGAGGUAAAAAGGAGUAUAAUGUUGAAAAUGGCGGAUGCUUGUCAAGAGGCUAAUAAGCAUAAGCAAACCACCUUUCAAGAGAUGUAUGUGCAGCGACAUAAUAAUGUCAGCAUUCUCUACGCCGACAUUGUCAACUUUACACCGCUCUCGGAACAGCUCUCGGCUUCCGAUCUCGUAAAGACACUCAACGAGCUCUUCGGCAGAUUCGAUCAAAUAGCACAGGACAAUCAGUGCAUGAGAAUCAAGAUUUUGGGUGACUGUUAUUAUUGCGUUUCUGGGCUUCCCGUUUCACGCCCGAAUCAUGCUUACAACUGCGUGAAUAUGGGACUGCAAAUGAUCGAUGCUAUCAGGUUUGUCCGCGAGGCCACCGGCUUCAACGUCGACAUGAGGAUAGGAAUUCACACGGGAAACGUGCUGUGCGGAGUGCUCGGUCUGCGGAAAUGGCAAUUCGACGUGUGGAGCGACGACGUGACUCUGGCCAAUCAUAUGGAGAGCGGCGGACUGCCGGGGAGAGUUCACAUCACAAAAGCUACUCUAUUGCAACUGGGCGAUCGAUUCGAAGUUGAGCCGGGUGAUGGAGGAUCCCGGGACAAUUAUCUUGCUCAGCACAAAGUAAAGACUUUUCUUAUCGUGCCAACUAAGAAAAACAGAGAGGAAAGUGAAAUGGAAAACGGUGGAAAUCGUAUACACGGACCUGGACCAGUACCCUCCAGAUCAAGGCCUAGUAGCAAAAUGACAAAAUACGUGGAAUGUUGGGGCGCAGACAAACCUUUCGCAAAUAUAGCCGAAGCAACGUUAGCAAAAAAUAUUGGCCUAACAAGUAUUGCGAUGAUCGAAUCCAAUCUAUUAGCAAACAAUACCAACUGCUUUGAUGCACAACAAUGGUGCGGCGGAAAUGAAGGGAUUUCGCCUUUUACUUAUUCGUUCAAGGAUAAGAAUCAGAAACAGUUAUACCGAGAGCAAAGGGAUGAACAAUAUCCUUGGUACGUCGUGGCCUCCAACGUAGUUUACACGAUGAUGUUCUGCAUCCAGAUUAUUUACCUGCCAAGAAGCAUUGCAGUUUACGGUUGUUUUGCGGCUGGUUUAACAUCCUUGAUUAUAUUCGCUGUAAUUUCGUGGUUUAGUGGAAGAGACGACGCAGAGAACACUGACGAAACAACGAAUUACAUCGCGCUUAGCCGUGGUAUCAGAAUCACGGUAUACUUGAUAACGGCUCUACUGGCCAUCGCGUCAUCAGUCAUUAGUCUGAUCGAAGUUGAUCAGACUGUUGGAUACAUUGUACCACUGUACGUAUAUUCUCCGGUGAUCGCGCUAGUAGUUGGAUGGACACACUUAAGAGUCGGUUUUCUGCUGAAGUUAAGCGUAAUGCUACUAUCCAUUGCUGUAAUACUCGUGGUCUUCUCUCAAGCACCAGUCAUUCAACAAUAUUACAAAAGUACCGACGUCAAGUUUUACGGCGUCCAUUAUUUAAUGCAAGUGGGUUAUCUACUGGCGCUUGUCAGUUUGAUACUCCACAUUCUUGAUCGACAAGUGGAAUAUACAUCUAGGACGGAUAUUCUGUGGAAGAGCAAGCUGAGAGUAGAGCAGGACGAAGUGGAGACGAUGCGAGGAAUCAAUAAAAUUCUCCUGGAAAAUAUACUACCGGCGCACGUAGCUGAUCACUUUUUAGCCACGAGAGCUACGCAGGAGCUUUAUCACGAGAGGUACAGUAGCAUCGCUGUGAUGUUUGCGUCGAUUCCGAAUUACAAGGAAUUUUACGACGAAACCGACAUAAACAAGCAAGGUCUUGAGUGUCUGCGUCUACUCAACGAGAUCAUUUGUGACUUCGACAAGCUCUUACUCAAGCCGAAGUUCUCGGGAAUCGAGAAAAUCAAGACGAUAGGUAGUACUUAUAUGUUGGCAUCCGGCUUAAGCCCGGGCAAAGAGGACGGUGAUGGCAAGGAUGCAUUGAAGCAGCAAGAUCAUAACGUAAUCGUACUCGUUGAGUUUGCCAUUGCGCUUAUGACGAUCUUGGAUCAAAUCAACAGGGACUCUUUCCAGAGAUUUAAAUUGAGAAUAGGCUUGAAUCAUGGCCCGGUGAUAGCGGGCGUCGUAGGCGCUCAAAAGCCGCAGUACGAUAUUUGGGGAAAUACGGUAAACGUUGCGUCGAGAAUGGAUAGUUGCGGUGAGAUGGGCAAGUUGCAAGUCACCGAGGACACUGCCAAGAUUCUCAUGGACGCCGGAUACGAGCUCGUUUGCCGAGGGCCGACGUACGUGAAGGGCAAGGGAACUCUCACCACGUACUUCGUGAAGACACCCUUCGACUACAAAGAGGACAACUAUUAACAAUACAAAAUCGGGAAUAAUCAAACUUCACUUUCGUGAGUGAAAAAAAUAUUUUCCAUGGCACUAUUGAGUCUCUGAAAUAAGUAGUACAAACAACGUUGAGCACGAAAAGUUUGCAAAAAAAGAAAAAAAAAAAAACAAGGAUCUUAACUUGUCUGAGCGGAUUAAGAAAAG